CUCUCUCUCUCUCUCUAAUAUACAAUAAUAUUUACUUCUUCUCUCUAAUAUAUAAUAAGCUGAAAACCCUCUUCUCUCUUUCUGCAGCCUCUCUCUGUAUCUCUCCCUCUAUUCAAUCUGCGCCAUGGAUGAAGAGUACGAUGUGAUAGUGCUGGGAACAGGACUCAAGGAAUGCAUCCUCAGCGGUCUUCUCUCCGUUGACGGCCUCAAGGUCCUGCACAUGGAUCGGAACGAAUAUUACGGUGGAGAGUCAACAUCACUCAACCUUAUUCAGCUUUGGAAAAGGUUUAGGGGAAAUGACAAGCCUCCAACACAUUUAGGUCCCAGUAGGGACUAUAACGUCGACAUGAUUCCGAAGUUCAUGAUGGCUAAUGGUACUCUGGUUCGGGUUCUCAUUCAUACUGACGUAACAAAAUAUUUGUCCUUUAAGGCUGUGGAUGGCAGCUAUGUCUUUAAUAAAGGAAAGGUUCACAAGGUUCCAGCAACCGACAUGGAGGCACUCAAAUCUCCAUUGAUGGGCAUAUUUGAAAAGCGCCGUGCUCGCAAAUUCUUCAUCUAUGUCCAAGAUUAUGUAGAAAAUGAUCCCAAGACACAUGAAGGGAUGGACCUUACAAGAGUGACGACUAGAGAACUUAUAGCGAAAUAUGGUCUAGAUGACAACACAGUGGACUUUAUCGGCCAUGCAUUGGCUCUUCACAGAGAUGACCGUUAUCUAGAUGAACCUGCACUGGAUACUGUUAAGAGAAUGAAGCUUUAUUCAGAGUCUCUUGCACGGUUUCAAGGAGGAUCCCCAUACAUUUAUCCAUUGUACGGCUUAGGAGAGCUCCCACAGGCAUUUGCACGCCUCAGUGCUGUUUACGGUGGGACCUACAUGUUGAAUAAACCUGAGUGCAAGGUGGAAUUCAAUGAAGAAGGCAAGGUCUUUGGCGUGACAUCAGAAGGGGAGACUGCAAAAUGCAAGAAAGUAGUGUGCGACCCUUCGUACUUGCCCAACAAGGUUAGAAAGGUUGGGAGAGUUGCUAGAGCAAUAUGUAUUAUGAGCCAUCCAAUCCCGAAUACCGACGAAUCUCACUCAGUGCAGGUUAUUCUUCCCCAGAAACAACUGGGGCGCAAAUCAGACAUGUAUCUUUUCUGUUGUUCCUACUCUCACAACGUCGCCCCAAAAGGCAAAUUCAUUGCAUUCAUCUCAACGGAAGCCGAGACCGAUCGACCCGAUAUUGAACUAAAGCCAGGAAUCGAUCUCCUGGGGCCCAUUGAUGAGAUAUUUUUUGAUAUUUAUGACAUAUGCGAGCCCGUCAAUGAACCCUCUCUGGAUAAUUGCUUUAUCUCAACGAGUUACGAUGCCACUACACACUUUGAGUCGACUGUCAUGGAUGUGCUUUCCAUGUAUACGAUGAUCACUGGAAAGGUUCUCGAUCUUAGCGUGGAUCUAAGUGCCGCUAGUGCUGCCGAUGAAUGAGACAUGUUAUCUGGUCUGGGCUGGGGCUUUCUGUAUUUGUUGAGUUUGUUGUAUUAAAGAAAUGGUGCAACCACUGUAUGGGGGUGAGUUUGUUCUCUUUAUGUAAGAUAAUUUAUGACCUGUUGAGUAGUUGCUCUAUUGAAUAAAUAGGUAAAGUGGGCUGUAGACUACCA